CUAUCUUCUCACUCUCUAUCACUAGUUUUCCCGCCCCACCAUGCACCGUCGUCAUUAUGGGCUGCUCCGCCACCCUCCUCCCUUCUCCUCCUCCUCAUCUCCACCGUCCCCCCACCUUCAAACCUCUCCUCAACCGCCGUUCACUUCUCUUUCUCUCCACCACCCUCUCAUUCCCCGCCACCACCAUUUCCACUUCCUCCGCCACCCCGCCACCCCCCAAACCAGACACCACCAUAACCGAACGUGUCUAUUUAGACUUCAGCAUUUGCCCUAAUUACUUCACAAACAGAACUCUCGGCGAUGACUUGUCAAAUUGCUCUGAUUCCGAACCAAUUGGUCGCCUUGUUCUUGGCCUAUACGGAAACCUAGUUCCUAUAACAGUUUCAAAUUUCAAAGCUAUGUGUACAGGUACCUCUGGUUCAACUUAUAAGGGCACUUUGGUCCAGAAAAUUUUCCCGGGUCAGUUUUUUAUGGCGGGAAGACAGGGUAGGAGAGAUAAAGGAGAAGUGAAACCACCGUUGGAGUUGAUUAGAAAUACAGAGACAAUUGAAUCUAAAGCUUUUAUUUUGGAACAUUCUAGGGGUGGAAUAGUUUCAUUGCCUUUAUCUGAGAAUGAUGAUGAUGAUGAUUUGAAGUUGAAUCCUAAGUAUCAUAAUGUGGAGUUCUUGAUUACUACUGGACCUGGUCCUGCUCCUCAGCUUGAUAGCAAGAAUAUUGUUUUUGGAACUGUUCUUGAAGGUAUGGAUAUUGUGACAACUAUAGCUGCCAUUCCCACUUAUAAACCAUCCGAAAAUAUUCGACAGUACAAUGGAUUUGCCGAGCUUCUUGGAGAUGGAAGAGCAAAAACUGCUCGCGCAAUCUGGAAUAAACCACAAAAGACUGUUUACAUCAGUGACUGUGGAGAACUCAAAGUGGCAAAGCCUACACUUUCGCCUAGCCUACCUUGAUAUGUCAACAUCUCUUCACAUUCCUCAUUUUAUUUCCAUACACUGUUAUAUUACCAUGACUUGUACAGGAUUCUCUUUUCUGUAUGUUACAUUUGAGAGAAGAGGAUUCACAUAAUGCACAGCUUUUAAGUUGACAAGUCUGUAUGAUUAGGGAUAAUGUUGGAAUCAAACUAGAAAAAGGCCAAUGAGCUUCAUAAAUUUUCUUCUGUACACGUA